AUGGCUUUCAAUCCCCUGGCUAUUAUUCUCAAAGAAAACAAACUAGUUGGACCUAAUUAUAUUGACUUGAAAAGGAACUUUGAUAUUAUACUGACUGUAAAGGAGUACAAGUAUGUGCUCGCAGAGGUAUGUCCACAUAAACCUAGUGAAGAGGCAACCGAUGAGGAAACCCAGACUUACCAGAAGUGGAUUAAGGCUGAUGAGAUGGUGUGGUAUUACAUUUUGGCAUCUAUGUCGAAUGUUCUACAACAUCAGCAUCAGUCUAUGCCUUCUGCCUAUGAUAUAAUGCAGAGCCUCACAAAAAUGCUUGGGUAUCAAAAUCAUAUCCUUGGAGUUGAAAUUGAUGGGGAAACCCAGGUUGAUAUCGUUCUCCAGUCGCUGCCUGACUCUUUCAAGUAG